CUAGAGUACUUCUCUAAGUGCAAAUAAAAGGGUUUUGCCCUCUCUGACUCUCUUCUUUCCUCAAACUCAUAUUAUCAAAAGAUAAAAGGAAGUGUCAAGACAUCAAUCAAUCAAAUCAAAUCAAUCACAAAAGCAGGAGGAACCAAUCAGUUUGGAGAGUAAUAAUAUAAUGUCCUCUUCAAAUAGCUUGUCAUUGGACCACCUCUCUCCUCCUCCUCCUCCUCCUUCCGAGCAGCUUUGCUAUGCUCAUUGCAACGUCUGUGACACUGUCCUCGCGGUAAGUGUACCGUGCACAAGUUUGUUCAAAACUGUGACGGUUCGAUGUGGACACUGCAGUAAUCUUUUGCCUGGAUGGCUUUUGCCUUCUACUAAUCAUCAUCAUCAGCUUCAUCAUUUUGGUCACACUUACUUUUCUCCUUCCCACAUUCUUCUGGAAGAAAUAAGCAACACAACCCCAAAUUUCUUGAUGAAUCAGAGUAACUCUGCUCAUGAUUUUGUCCAGCUGCCUGCUCGACCUGGAUUUGAUGAUCUUCCUAGACCGCCACCCGUUAUUAAUAGACCUCCUGAGAAAAGACAGCGAGUCCCUUCUGCUUACAACCGAUUCAUCAAGGAAGAGAUCCAACGCAUAAAAGCAGGGAAUCCUGAUAUUAGCCACAGAGAAGCCUUCAGCGCCGCUGCAAAAAAUUGGGCCCAUUUUCCACACAUUCAAUUUGGUCUCAUGCCUGAUCAGACUGUUAAGAGGGCUAAUGUGCGCCAACAGGAUGGAGAAGAUGUUCAUAUGAAAGAUGGUUUGUUUAAUACUUCUGCCAAUGUUAGUGUGUCUCCUUACUAAUGAUGUGAUCAGAAUCAAAAGUGAACAAGUUUUGAGAUGGAUGCAGAAGUGUCUAACCAAUUAAUGUGACUUUUCCUAGCAUGUUGAAUGUGUGAUUUUCUUUCUUUUAUCCUUGUGUUGAAGUGUACUUUUGGCUUCAAUGUUUCAACCUUUGCUUGAACAA